GCAAGCGGAAUAACAGAAGAGCAGCUUGCAGAGUUUCGUGAAGCAUUCAAUUUGUUCGACAAAAACAAAGACAAUGUGAUAAGUGCAAAGGAGCUUGGCACAGUGAUGCGGGCGCUUGGUCAGUCGCCUACCGACAAGGACAUAGAGACGAUGAUCCAGCAUGCUGACGUCAACAAGAACGGGAGUAUAGACUUUGAUGAGUUUGUAAAGAUGAUGAUUGGGUACCAGCGGAGGGCGGAUCCAGAACAGGAGAUGAGAGAAGCAUUCCGAGUUUUCGACAAAGACAAUAAUGGUUAUAUUAGUGCGGAUGAGUUACGCUAUGUGAUGACGAAUCUAGGGGAGAAAUUAACGGACCAAGAAGUCGCGGAAAUGAUUCGAGAGGCGGAUAUGAACGGAGAUGGAAUGGUAGAUUAUAAUGAAUUCAUCAAGCUGCUGUGUAACACGGAGCCGACGAACUAAAAAAGUGAAACGUAGAGAAAUAUUUCGUAUUUAUUAACAUUUUAAUGUGAUCGCCAGUGCAAUGACGGUUUAUUUAUUUUAUCUGUUUUUUGACAAUACUGCUCAGACUCUUUCGAAGUUAUUUUUAGAAACAUUGACGUGGUAAAACACAUUUCCCCGUAUAUCAUGCACAUCUGAAAGCAUUCAUUUUUUGAAAAAAGAUUUUUUCUUUCAAACUCAUGUUUGUACCAUUUUUUAUUAUUUCAUUUUUUUAUUUUUACAUCUUUUACUGUCCUAUUCCUUAAUAUUUGUAAAUUUGUCAAUUAUGAUAGAAAGAGAUAAAAAGCACAA